UUACUCAACUGGAUUUAUGGGUGAUGAUGAAAGUUAAAGGGCCCCCCUUUCUUUCUCUCUCCACCCCAUACCUCCAUCAUCUUCUUCUUCUUCUUUAAGCCCAGCCCACCUCUCUCUCUCUCUCUCUCUCUUCUGGGUCUUGACCGUCUUUGCCUUCGCAUUGUGUCCUCGAGACCCAGAAGAGGAAAUGAGGAAACAUGGGUGGCAGUUACCUUACCAUCCUCUUCAGGUAGUAGCAAUAGCAGUGUUUUUGGCGUUGGGGUUUGCCUUUUAUGUGUUUUUCCUCCCUUUUGUUGGAAAGAAAGCGAUAGAGUAUGUGGUUUUGGGGCUUUACACUCCCUUGGUUGCAUGCGUCUUCUUCUUGUAUGUCUAUUGCGCUGCAACUGAUCCAGCUGAUCCAGGAGUCUUCAAGUCUAAGAAAUAUCUUAUUAUAGAUAGUAGCAGAAAGCAGAAUGACUCCAAGAACCUUAAACAAGAUAAUUCAGUCCUUGCCAAUAAUAAGCCAUUGGAUGAGGGCAGCAAUCCAAAGAAAUUAUCUGACCAACAUCAGAGGAAGGACUCAACCUGCUGCAAUACACCUAUCUUGGUUAUUUUGCUGGAGUGGUGCCCUCUGUCAUUUGUGCACUGUUGUUUCCAUGCACAUGAGCAAUCUUCUGAGCAUCAGAAAAGUGAGGACGGCAUGUUCUAUUGUAGUCUGUGUGAAGUUGAGGUCUUGAAGUACAGUAAGCAUUGUAGAGUUUGUGACAAAUGUGUUGAUGGCUUCGAUCACCACUGCAGGUGGCUCAACAAUUGUAUUGGAAGAAGAAACUAUAGAAGGUUCUUUGUCCUAAUGAUUUCCGCACUUCUCUUGCUUAUUUUACAAUGGUGCAUCGGAAUCCUUGUCUUAAUACUCUGUUUCUUGGAGCGGAAGCGAUUCUCCGUGGAGAUUAGUGCAAAGUUAGGGAGCAGCUUCUCAUUGGUUCCUUUUAUCAUUGUAGUGGCUUCUUGCACGGUCCUGGCGAUGCUAGCUACUCUACCACUUGCUCAACUUUUCUUCUUUCAUGUUCUUCUCAUAAAAAAAGGAAUCAGCACAUAUGAUUACAUUGUAGCCUUGAGGGAGCAAGAGCAGGAGCAGCAAGGUGGUGGUCAGCAAAGUCCUCAGAUGUCUUCAGUGAGCUCUUACACUGGAUUAAGCAGUGCCAGUUCCUUCACUGCAUUUCGCCGGGAUGCAUGGUGCACUCCCCCACGCUUAUUUCUUGAGGAUCAAUUUGACGUAGUCCCUCCAGAAGUAAGCAUGCCCAACAAAACUACUGGCAGGAAAAUGAUUCCAGACGAAUCAGGAAGGAAAAAAAGCGCCACCGUAAAAAUUAGUCCAUGGACACUUGCACGUCUUAAUGCAGAAGAAGUUUCAAAAGCGGCAGCGGAAGCAAAGAAAAAGUCCAAAAUUCUCCAGCCCGUUACAAGACGAGAAACCCCACAAGGUCACGAAACAGACAGCAGCUUCGGCAGUCACAGUGGCCGAAUGGUUCCAAUUCUUGAUAAUAAAAGAAGAACAAAUAAAAGAGGCAGACUUGCAACUAUGGACCGGAAUGAGCUUCAACCUCCAGAAGCAUCCAGUAGUUUAGCACCCCUCCAACGUGCAGCAAGGAGCGCUUUUAGAACCAGCCGAGCUAUGUCUUCAACAGGCAUAACUGCUUCUUCUCCUGAUAGUAGUUUAGGCUCACCAGACCUCCAUCCAUUUAGGGUAUCAUCCUCAGGAGCUGAAGAUUUACGAGGGCUAAUGCCACUUCCAUCUGCUUCUGGUUCUGAGAAGGGGAUUCAACUAUUGAGAUCAACGAGCAGUGAUGGGUAUGAAGCUUCUGGAGGUGAAGAUAGUGAUCGGGUUCCAUCAAGAAUUGUACACAGAUCAUUUAAUUGGUCUAAUCUGCUCUUUAACUCAAGCCGUGGUGACACAGCUGAUGGAUCAAGGGCAUCAUCUUCAAUUGGUCUGCAAACUGAUGGCAGAUGAUUACCACAUUUUGACCUUCCUCCUUUAUGAUAAAGUUUGUCAUUGGGAGCUCUCCAUUGUUUUAUUCUCUCUUGUUUAUUUAUCCUUCUAUGAAACUGCUUUUCUUGCUUCCCUGUUACUUUCUUUUGGAAACGGAUUCACUCCAGCUGCAGUUUCCCGUUAAACAUCUCACAUGGUAGAUGUGGGGUUUGGUUGCGAAAGAGUUUGGUUCAGGCUGUGGCAAUGUGAGGUCUUAAACAAAAUCCUAUUUGUUCCUGUGGUUGUGAAUUCUGGUGGAAUUGUGUUUUAUUUUCUUA